GCGAGAAGCUGGAAGGAAAUUAUGAAACACGAGAAAAGUUCCGAGUUGUGAAGAAGAUCUCAGCGAGAGAGAAUCACACUCCAAAUUCUAAUGUUGAUUUCGAAACCCUAGGAAACAAUAAGGAGAAGAAGAUGUCGACUGAGAGACACGCUUCCUCGCCUUCCACUUCUCCUGAAGACAAUUCCAUGUUUACUGAUAUACUGCACGAAGCUCCUUUAUUCGCUCACAGGAAGUCCAGGAGCCUUUUCGGGAGUGUUUUCUACUUCUUGAUACUGGCAGUCUAUGGUGUUUUGGCCGCAGCAGCUCCGUGGAUAUUUAGUCCGAUACAGAGAUUGAUUCCUAUUUUUCUUUGCAGUUACAGUUGCGAUGUUCUUCUUUUCAUACUAACAGGCAUCUUUCAACAACAUUUGGUUUACCAAGUCGAGAAAAUAAGGUUGCAGGGCUAUUAUAGUUUCAGCCAGAAAUUGAAUCAUAUUGUUCGCCUACCUUUUGCCAUCACUGCUUAUGGAACUGCUGCUAUGCUGCUUGUCAUGGCUUGGAGACCCCAUAUCAGUAUUCUUUCUAUCUCUGCAUUACUGAGGAUUAUCAUGUUGAUUGAAGCAAUAUGUGCUGGAUCCUUCAUGACUGCCUACAUAGGAUAUGUGCACCAGUAUAAUUCACUGGAUUCUCAACCUGAUGUUUUAAAGUCAUUGUAUUCUCCACUCCAACCAUCGAGUUCUCUGGAAGUUUUAAGGUACAAUGAUGGCGGUCGACUCUCUGACCAGCAAAUUGGUUUAUUGCAAUGUCAGCGCAAGAACCUUCACUUUUUGAGUGAGAACAUUCUUCAAUUGCAAGAGUGUUUAAGCAAGUAUGAAAGAUCUGAUGAUGGUAGCACACCUCAGAUUGAUCUUGCCCAUCUCUUGGCAGCUCGUGGUCAGGAAUUGCGCACACUAUCUGCAGAGAUGAAUCAACUGCAAUCUGAGCUAAGGCUUGCUUGGUCUUUGAUUGCUGAGAGGGAUUCUGAAGUCCAGCAUGUUCGCAAUAUAAACAAUCAGUUUGUCAAAGAGAAUGGAAGGCUGACAGCUAUUUUAGCUGAAUGGAGUACUCAAGCAGCAAAGCUUGAGCGGGCAUUGGAAGUUGAGCGGACGUCAAAUCUCGAUUUGCAAAAGAAGACUUCGGCAUUGAAAAAUCAAUUACAUGUAUCAACCGAGCAAAGUUAACAAAACGGUACGUAUUUUCCAUGAUCAUAAAAUAUGUUGAGCCUUCUUGACACACCACGGUUCUACUAUUUCUUUUCCACCAUGAAAGUAGUAGAAUAUGGGGUACUCAACGGAUGGAUGUACAUAACAGUCUGAUCCUCUGAGUUUGGCUUUUGUCAGAGUGUAUAAAAAUUCACUGCAAUGGCAGCAAGGAUCAUCUAGAUUUUUUUAUUGUCUCGCACAUGCAUUUUCCACACCA